UCAAUACAUAUACUUGCUGUAACUUCGUGUGUCCAGCUUAAUCAACCAACGCUCCAAGCGAUAAGUGAGAAAUCUCAAGGACACCACUUUCGAAAAACCGUAGCUGGAACAGAGAUGAGCAAAAGGUGUAGAAAAGUCCUUGGUUUGAAGGAGGCCACUGUCAGUAGGUGAAAAGACAGCCAGGCUUUAUUAAGUAUUUCGCUGCCCAUUGGUGAGGUCUUGUGUUGUGUGUGUUGUGGACAAAAAAAAAAGAAAAAUCCUCUUUUUAUCUUGUCGUGCCGUUGCUGCGAUUUCUUCUGCUGUUCCUGUUAAUAAUUUUUGAAGAUGACUCAGGCCAACAGAAAACGCGGACGUGACAUGGAAGAGGAAAAUGGUGAAUUCAUGCCUCUGAGCAAAAGGAUAAACAAUCUUCAUUUAAAUAAUUUGCAAGGAGGCGGACAAGAAAAUUUAUCAGAAAAUAUGGAAUCUCACUGGGGGAAUCAAAAUUUUGCCCCAUCACCAAAUCAUUCUGAACCAUCCCAAGGAUCAUCAUCCUGUGAUGGCUAUAGCUCCAGUCAAAGUAGCUACUCUGUUGAGUACAGGCCAGAACUUAGUGCCAGUGAAAAUCCUUACUAUUACGAAAAUAACAAACUUUUGUACAAUUUGCACAUGGAACGAAUGCAGAGAACAGAUAAUCAUUUUUAGAAAUUUUGUGAAUGUUGGCAUAGUAUGAAUGUAUCAUGUUAUGUGUGUUUGUUCUGUUGUGUAGUCACUUUGGAUUUUUCUAAGUGCAACUAAAAUUAUACUUGAAAUUAAUGGUGCCGAACAUUGCUUGGAUAAUCACUUGGCUGUGCAAGCUUGAACCCAAUGUUACCUAGUGGUGAUACGAUUAGAUCGAGUUACUAAUUUUGACACGACAAGCGUAAAGUCAUCAAGAACGAGUUCGAUGCUUAAGUCUACUGUGUACCGAAAUGUUAUUGAAAGUGCUUCUAACAAACUAACAAUACCAUACCGUAAUGCAGCAUUGCUUAAAAUUAAUUUACAGAGUUUAAUGAAUGAAUUGAGGAUUCCGUUGUUAUCUAUAUUGUCGCUUUAAACGGUCGAUUUGAAUUUAUGAAAAUUUAGAUUUGUAACUGUUGUUAAGACCAUGAAAAAAUCAAAAUGUUAUUGAAACGUAAUUGAAAAUUUUGUAUUUUACGUGUAUUUAUAGAAUUUUUUGUCAUCAGCUUAAAUUUUUGAAGCUUGAUAACAUGAUUUUAUAAGUUUUUGGAUUAUUUUUGAAAAUGUAUUAUAUUAAUGCUGUACAUUAUUUUUGUUGGACAAAGAUAAUCCAUAAAAAUACUAGAUUUUUUGUUUCAUUAAAAUCCAGCGCGAUCAUUGUUAAGUAUUUGAUGUUGCGUUAUUCAACGUGACGUGACUUGAAUAAAGUACAAGCUCAUUUAUUGAGCCAGUGAUGAAUCGCUUUUUAUUAAUAUAUAUAUACACGUAAAGAAUAAAAACAUAUUGAUCAAUGUAUUGUGGAAAAAUGCACAAAUCAUUCCGUCACACUUUGUUUUGAGGCAGUACAAUCACAAUAUUUGGAAGGUUACGACAACAUUAAAGUCAUUUUACCGAAGGUACGUCGACAUUGUGAAGAUAAAUUUUCUGUGCAUUUAUUUUUCAAAUGUAUUGUCAAUAAAUCAAUGGAAAUAGAUAAUUCGAACUGAUGAUGGAAGUAACAAGCAAUAACAAUUGAAGAUCAUGCAUUCGAUUUAUUGUAAAUUCAAAAAAAAAAA